AUGGGCAGUUCGCACUUGCUCAACAAUGGUUUGCCUCUCGGCAUUCGACCUCCAAUCAUGAAUGGGCCCGUGCACCCACGUCCACUGGUAGCAUUACUGGAUGGCCGAGAUUGUACAGUAGAAAUGCCCACUCUGAAAGAUGUAGUUACAGUGGCAUUUUGUGAUGCACAGUCCGCACAAGAAAUUCAUGAAAAGGUACUAAAUGAAGGUGCCUUGAUGUAUCACACUAUCACUUCAACACGAGAAGAUCUGGAGAGAUUCAAAGCUCUUCGAAUGAUUGUCCGAAUUGGCGGUGGUUUUGAUAACAUCGACAUCAAGUCUGCUGGGGAUUUAGGAACUGCAGUAUGCAAUGUGCCAGCUGCAUCAGUAGAAAAGAUUGCGGAUUCUACUAUGGGCCACAUCCUGAACCUAUACAGACGAACUACCUGGCUCUAUCAGGCAUUGCGAGAAGGCACAAGAGUCCAAAGUGUGGGACAGAUCCGGGAAGUUGCUUCUGGAGCUGCCAGGAUUCGAGGGCAGACCUUGGGCAUUAUUGGAUUAGGUCGUGUUGCACAGGCGGUUGCACUGCGUGCCAAAGGCUUUGGCUUCAAUGUCAUUUUCUAUGACCCAUACCUGUCUGAUGGCACUGAACGUGCUCUGGGGUUCCAGAGGGUGAGCACUUUACAGGACCUCCUUUUUCACAAUGACUGUGUGACCUUCCACCGCAGCUUGAAUGAACACAAUCAUCAUCUGAUUAAUGACUUCACCAUUAAGCAGAUGAGACAAGGGGCUUUCCUGGUGAACACAGCACGAGGUGGGUUGGUAGACGAAAAAGCACUGGCACAGGCCCUGAAGGAAGGAAGGAUACGAGGGGCAGCCUUAGAUGUACAUGAGUCAGAACCAUUCAGCUUUAAUCUGAUCGGCACUCCCCAUGCAGCAUGGUACAGUGGGCAGGCGUCCAUUGAGAUGCGAAGAGCCAUCACAAGUCGUAUUCCAGACAGCCUGAAAAAUUGUGUUAAUAAAGAUCAUUUGACUGCAGCUACACACUGGGCCAGUAGACCAGCAGUAGUUCAUCCAGAGCUUACUGGUGCUGCAUACAGCAGGUACCCUCCAGGCGUGGUGAGCAUGGGUCCAGCUGACAUCCCUGCAGCAGUAGAAGGUAUAGUCCCCAGCACCAUGUCCUUAUCCCAUGGGCUCCCCACUGUAGCCCAUCCUCCCCAUGCUCCUUCCUCUGGCCAAACUGUCAAACCAGAAGCUGAUAGAGACCACCCAAGUGACCAAUUGUAGCCUAAGAAAAUAGCAUUCCCAACAUUGGAGCUUUCAACUUUGAAGAUGAUGUGGAAAAAAAUAUGGAUUUUUGAAUAGAGCAAAACCAUAAACUUACAGGAGACCAUAAUUGUUUUAGAAACUGGUCCAAUAUACAGAUAUAAAAGGCAAAAGGUGUGGGAGGUGAAAAGAAGAUUUGGAAAACUUUUUUUCCUCCGUAUAA